CCCGUUCAACCCUCGCUGCUCGCCGUAGCAGGCCCGGAAGUGCCCAUAGGGCAAAGUUAGGAAGAUGUGGGCACUGCGGGCGCCGCCGCUGCUCCAGUCCUCUCAGCGUGCCUGGGGCUGGACAUGCAGGGCGGUGUCUGCGGGGCCCGGGAGGGCCCAGAAAGCGAGCCCGAACUCGAAAUACCGCGAGACGGUCUUGCUGCCCCGAAGCGAUUUCCCCGUCCACUUGCCCGGCCGGCUGCAGCCCGAAACGGAGUUGGAGAUUCAGCAGGUAGAAGAAGGAAACGGGGGAGGCUGGGCUGAGAGAGAGGAGCGCUUUUUUGAAAAAUUAUGCCCUCCCGCCCCCUAGUUGCAAACCAAAUUGCGUAGUAGUGCAAUCGACCUGCACGUUUUUGUUGGGACCAUGUCAUGCCACCACGGGCGCUGGAAGACCUGAGCAUCCUCGGGGUCCUGGUGAAGGGGAAAUCUGACACUUUCCUUCAAUGCCGGAUUUACGUAUAAGUUAAGCAUGGUAUAGUUUAGGGCUCCACUCUCUUGGGGGCUCCCAAAAAAAGUAAAGGGGAAAAAACUGGACGUACAUUUCCAAAAUAUAAGAUAAAAAACAAGUAAAAUAAAAACCUAAUACAGCAACAGUGUGUUGUGUGGGCUCCUAUGAUGUAAGUAAUGGUCAUAUAUUCAACACAAAAAUAUAGCAUAUAUUCAACACAAAAAACAGUGACAAUUUGUUGUUGACAAAGGACAGCUGGACAUAUAAAGGGCCUCAUUACCUUCAAGUAGCUUAGGGCCUCAUCAAACCUAAAUCCAGCCCUGCUUUCCCCCCACUUUGAAGCUGCCAGUGAAGUUUUCUUAGCAAGAAGUAACUUGAGGUUAAAAAAAACCAGUAGCUUCAGGAAGGCGAUUUGUUCAGGGAGAGAGAGAAACGUUUCCUACCCAUGCACCAAAGUGCUGAGACGCUGCUGUUAUUCAUAUAACAGAAAUGUGCGUGUUAAUUGUUUUCAAAUGAUUUCUCUGCUAGUUUGAUUUUAUUGGGACGUACCAGAAGGUCAGGUCCAACUAAUAUCAAGAAUCUACUUUUGCAAUCCUCUACAGCCACAACAGGCGCUGUAAGUCAAACUAUUAGACUUCACCCCCUAAGGGGCACUCUGUUGUCUCCCAAGAAAGAUGGGUGCCAACCCACCAGCUUUUCCAAUCGGCAUCCCAGAAAUUUAUACGCAUAAUGCAAAUGAUUGCACUGCAUUACAUAUAUCCCAAUAUGCUUAUUGGGACUUAUCCCAAUAUGCUAACUUCAUAUGUAGUUGACAGAUUAAACUAGUUUAAUUGCAAUCCCCUCGUUCCAGGGAAACCUGUAAAGAAAGCUAAGAUUGCCAAAAGUGGUUGGGGAUCUCUAACAGAAUUCAGAACACCCUUACCAAAUUACCGUUCCUUGGGGGAGUUGUGAUUGUUAAGCUCCACAGAAUUUGAAUUGUAAUGCAGUAAAAUACAAUAUAAGAAGCAAAAGCAAUUAAUCACAAUUGAAAAUCAACCAUAAAUCCACAGAUACACCAUAGACCAGGCAUGGCCAAACUUGGCCCUCCAGCUGUUUUGGGAGUACAGUUCCCAUCAUCCCUGACCACUGGUCCUGUUAGUUAGAGAUGAUGGGAGUUGUAGUCCCAAAACAGCUGGAGGGCCAAGUUUGGCCAUGCCUUUUAUAGACCAUUGGAAGGAAGUUUGCAGACCCUGCUGUAAAAUAACACUCAUUUUGUGUUUAGAAUAUGGUAUGUGAUAUUAUUUCUAAUUAUGUGUUUCUAUAGAAAUGUGGCUUCUCAGAACUGUAUUCAUGGCAAAGACAAAGGAAAACAAAGCAAGAAUUUUGUCUUCAUGAUGGACCACCGUAUGCCAAUGGAGAUCCCCAUGUUGGUCAUGCAUUGAAUAAAGUGAGUGCUAUCUUCCUAAAUAAAUCUGCUUUGCCUCUGUAAAUACUUAACAUUCAGUUCACCAGCAAGUCAAUAAAAGUUUUGUAUCUUUCAGUAUUGAUCUUAUGUGUACUUAAAUGUUUGGAACAAUAAUAGAAAAUACCUUUCCAUUGAGGCUCCUAGAAUGAGUGUGAUAUUAAAUGGAAAUGAAUGGUUGAUCUUCCAUGGCAUAUUAAUGUUGAAUUGUGUCCUUAUUGAAAUGCAAUUUGAAGUCAGUCAAUGUUUGCCAGUGUAUCUAGUCUCUGAGUUCAUAGGUUUGUUAAACAUUGGAGCAGGUGGAAUCUAAAUACAUGCUGAUGGAACCCUGAGAAUUUGUAGAGUGAGAUAGAAAUAUGUGUGCUUUUCUUUUUCUUUGGUUUCCCUUUAGAUUUUGAAAGACAUCACAAAUCGGUUUCACGUGAUGAGAGGCUAUAAGGUACACUAUGUGCCUGGAUGGGAUUGCCAUGGAUUACCUAUAGAGUUGAGAGCAUUGUCAGAACUUGAGGAAACUGAACAUCUUUCUCCAAUGGAAAUCAGACAGAAAGGUAUAUUUCCUCUUGCAAGCUUUCUGAGAGAGUUUUGUGAUGUGGGUGUGCAAUUUCUGUCAUUGUUGGUCUGAUAGAAAGUCUUGUUUGUGAGGAUUGCAGAAUCAGUGUGAUCUCAUAUGUUUGAGAGAUACCUUCUUAGAUAAUAGGUGCAUGAUUUAAAGCAGGAUUGGGGAACCUGUAGCCCUGUUGAUGCUUUCGGUCUCCAACUCUCCUUUAGCCCCAGCAAGCAUGGCCAGUUGUCAGGGAUGAUGGGAGUUGUUUGAAGGCAAGUUGUUCACUAGAUAGAAUUGCAAGAACUGCUUUCUGGUUCUAGGCCUUUGUGGAGGAAUUUUGAGAGCUGAAAAGGUAGUCUGUGAGAUUCAAAUUCACAAUGGGCUUUUUUCCUCCACAUUUCAGCUAAAGAAUUUGCAGAAAAGGUAAUUGAAAAACAGAAAGAGGCUUUUAUUCGCUGGGGCAUAAUGGCAGAUUGGGAGAACUGCUACCAUACGUUUGAUAGAAAGUACGAAGCAAAACAACUGGGCAUUUUUCACCAAAUGUUUGAUAAGGUGAGUUAACAUUUAUUUGGUAAGUAAGAAUUACGCUGUCAAGAUUGCCAUUCAGUUUUGAUUACUUAAACCGUAUUAUUUUCCUCCUAGGGUUAUAUUUAUCAGGACUAUAAGCCGGUGUUUUGGUCUCCUUCAACAAAGUAAGUGGUAACCGUACUCAUUCUUGGAAUAUAGUCGGUGAGAGAGUGGAAGGCCUUUUUCCUUAUUUAAUUCACACUUUCUUUUCAUGCAGUACAGCCUUGGCUGAAGCUGAACUUGAAUACAACCAGCAGCAUGUUAGUCGUUCUGUUUAUGUCAGAUUUCCCUUAUUGAAACCACCACCCAAGCUAGCUUCUGUGAUAGGUAUGUUGUGUAUGUUGUAUUUUAUGUAUACUCUUAAUACAAUUUUUGUUAAUGUUCUUUUAAUGUACUUGAAAUAAUGCUUAUUAAAUAUACUUUCCCUUGUAGACGGAUUACCUGCUGUGAAUUUGAUAAUCUGGACCACACAACCUUGGACUAUUCCAUCGAAUGAAGCUGUCUGUUAUAUGCCAAAUUCAGAGUAUGUACUCAUUUGCUUUUAAUUUCUCUGGGACAUGCUUAAAAUCUGUUGUUGCUAACAGUAGGGAUUAGGGUUGUUUUUGUUCUUAUCACAGAAGUAGGAUGAUCAUAUGCACAUGUACUCAGAAGUUAGUUCAAUACAGCUUAUUUCAGGUACAUAUGUAUGAUUUUCUACUUUAAUAGGAGUAAUUUUGCAGCAUUAAUUUUGACUGGUAACAGUACUGGCUCCUCUGGAUUAAAAAAAAGGUGUUUUGCAUGCAUUUUAUUGCCAAUUUGUAUGUCUCUUUGUAUUCUAGCAUUUAAUGUAGUGAUGCAGUAAGACCACUUAUUGUCUACCUUUAUUCUGUUGAACAUUUUUGCUCACUGCUUUACAAUUUUUUAAAAAAGAGGUGCAUGUUGUAAAGCUUAGAAACAUACUGCGUUGCAGCUUGCUGUAGGGCUUUUGGUCUAUCAGGGAUUAUUUUGAUGUCCCCUCCUGUCUGGUGCCCCCUGAACCACAUCCCACAAUGUUCUGAAGAGUCAGUCUCCAAAUCCUCCGGGAGCAGAUUUUCAGCGAACACAGAAGAGAAGGGAAAUGGCAAAACACUGUAUUCCUGUUUUCCAUUCGCUUAAGCUUUAGCUACAUCAAAUCUCUUCUAUGAACAAAGGGCCACCUUGGAGGUUAUCAUAGUUGUGAAUGCAUCAGAUGUGACAUGGGUUCAUGGUUUCCAGUAGUCUCUUCCACCACUCCAUUCACAAAACAAGCAUUUUGAGUCUAAAAGCAGUCUGUAGUUUUGCACAAAGAGCUGCUAAAGAGGAAAAGCCUUAAAUUUGUGUUCUUGCAUGUUGUGUUAGCUAUGUCUAAUGGCCACAACAAAGCAAAAACAGCCUGUAGGAGGAUUUAAAUAAAAAUAUUUGGAAAAUCCUAGCUAAAACUAUUAGAGACUAUGAGUUGUGUAGUCACGGAAGGAUGUAGCAUAAAUCAGAAAGAGAUAAAAUUGGAGGAUGCCUUGUGUUAUUGUAUCCAAUUGUUUUCUGAUUCAAACCUUUAUGAGGAAACUAAUGUAAUUUAUUUCAGUGCAGACUUCUAGAAACAUUGAAGUGGAUUUUUCUGUUCCUGAUCACAAUGAGUCCUACGAAAAUGCCUUGUUAUGGCAUUAACAUUUCCAUGAUAGAAAUUGUUUUAGUGGCACCGUUGGGAAAUACAGAUUGUCACAAAAUGGGGAGGAUCUGCUCUGCUAAUUUUGGGGAGAGCUCUGCGAUACUUGCAUGUAUUUUUUACGAUUUGAAUGGUGCUAAAUUAAAAGAUGUCAUAAAAUUAUAGGUAUUCCAUUGUGAAGUGUGCAGACACUGAGGAACAUUUCAUUGUAGCGGCAGAAAGAGUACAAUCUAUAGCUGCUGCUUUGGAUAUGCAGUUUGACGUGAUUUCAACAUGUAAAGGUAACCUCCUUUUUAAUAUUUGAAUAAAGAAAUGGGUAUAUUUCUAAUACUGAAUAGUAGAGGAUCGGUUGUUGACUUACUUUCCUGUAAAUUAGAAUAAUUUACCUGUAGCUUACCUGUAGUUGAGUUAGAAUAAUUUGUAGAAUGAUAGCUAAUCUGAAACAAUAAACCUAUUUAUUAAAUUAUUGUAGUUGCUCUUGAGGUAGCCCUUGGCGCCUCCUUCAACAGGCUGUUUACAUGUUGCUUUUUAGGAGGUGAAUCUCUGGUAAUCCAGUUGCUCACUGGCAGGCAAAAGGAUUGACUGAGCUAGGCUAUGUAAUUCAACAGCUCCCCAUAGAAAGAAUGGGGAAACUUUAAAUUGAGUGGUCAGGGAGAUGGGGUGUUAAACACUACAAGUUGACUAACUUGUUUAGCCUCCUGCCCUGGGAGAUCUCCCCUUCCCUGCCUCUCACGCAACCAUCCAUCACCUUCAUCUGUAUGCCGACCCCUCAUUAACCCUGAGUACAGGAUAACAAAAAACACAAGGGCACUCAAUAGCACUGCCUCAUCGUGAAACAAUACUGUAUGUUCCCUUCGCUCCAGGGUUCUAAGAUGUUUGGAGAGCCUUCACAAAUGCAGGAAGUUUCAGGAAGUGGCUCAUGAGUUGAGAACAAUGGGAAUGACUGGAGUGGGUGGGGCAGGGAGUGGAGGUAGCACACUCUCCUACAUGAGAGAAGAGGGUAAUGCUUCUUUUUAAGAUGGUGCUUGUUAUUGGCAGUUUCUUUAAGUACCUGAAUUAUCAGUACAUAUUUCUUUGGAAAAGGUGCUGCCUGAUUUCUUUGGCCACCUUUUUCCUCAACGAAACACUGCAAACCUCUUCUCUCUCUCCAUCCCCCAACCCCCUCCAGAUAUAUACAUGUGUGCAGUUUUUCUACUGGUCAGUUGUUGUAUUUCCUUCUGCUGUGUUCUCCUUCAGGUACAGAUUUGGAAAGUGGUGUGUGCUCACACCCCACCAUUCCUGAAAAGCAGUCUCCCCUUUUGCCUGCAAACCAUGUGACCAUGUCAAAAGGAACAGGAUUAGUUCAUACAGCCCCAGCUCAUGGUAUGGAAGAUUACAGUGUAGCUUCUCAUCACCAGCUACCCAUGGUACUGUGGUUUUGCUUGCUUUGUCUUUAACAUGUGGGUUUUCCCCCCCUUCUUGCACCAAAAAUAUUAUUUAUCAAACAUAAUAAGUGUUAUAAAAUCACUUGAUAGCACUCAGUAGCCACUCUGGUGCCAUCAAGGUACACAAGACUACCAACUGUCACACUGGGGGGGCAGGGACGGGGACUUGUAGUCUAAAACAUUGUGGAGAGGGCCCCUGCAUUUGGAAGGCUGACUUAGGUGAUACUUUGCUGGUGCAACAGGGUUUCCCAUCCUCUCCUCCCCUCUGCCUUCCCCCCCCCCACCUGCCCAAAUCUGUUCCAGAGAAUUGGGGAGCCCACCAAAAUAAAUUGGGUGGGGGAAGCUGCUGGGGUGAAUAGAGGGAAGGGAAGAGCCACUGUAUGCAAGAAAGUUUAUCUGUUUAAGUAUACUGUUGGAGGUGGAACAGAAUGUGUUUGUGCAUUGGAUUAGGGCAAUAGUUGUAUUCAUCCAGGUAUGGGGCGCAUGUAGUUGUGCAAUAAAGGAGCAGAAUGCUGUUGAUUCGGUCCUGAAAAUCAUCCAGUUGCAAUAAACAUAGUGAUAGAUUUACAAGAUGUAUAUAAAUCCUCUAUUUUAUUAAUAUUCCUUUUUAUAUCAUUUAGAUUGCCUAGCAUCCAGAGUGUGCAAAUAAAAGCAUUAAAAAAAAACAUACCCUAGAACAGAAAACAUUUCAAACAUUGGGGACAAACAAUUGGAUACUAAAAGUAUCAUAUACAGCCUUACAGUCUCAGUUCUUCCAAAAUACCUGAAUGACUAAAUGCAUCCUCUAAAGGUGCUAGAAGGACUGAAGGAGCCAGCCAUAUUUCCAACAGGGGGAGAGUUGCAUUGUUGUGGUGCCACUGCAGAGAAGUCCCUGUUGGUGAUACCACUAGGAAGUCCUCCCCUGCCCAUCUCAGAGCCUGAGAAGGCACAUACUGGGAAGGGUGUUCCAAGUGCCUGGCUCAUCUAGAGCACUUGUGUUCCUUAAAGAGUACCUCAUGUAAGUCUCCUUUUGCCAUCUCAAGUUGACUGCAGGCAGCUCCUUUGAUAACACCCUCUUCAUGUUUAAAAACAAUCCUUUAGCUGCCCUUGCUAUUCUCCACAGCUCUUUCCAGCUCUAUAGUUCCUUCACUUUGGUUAUUCUGCAAAAUCCAGAACUGAGAGUACAGUAUCUUCCAGAUAGAUCCCAUCCCCUUAGAAUUCGUGAAGUUAUGUAAUACUCUAACAUAUAUAAUUGUAUGUUUAUAAAAUAUAAAUUACAUGAGAGAUGGGGGGGGCCAUAAGCUUGCAUUUGAAAUAUUAAUCUUAGUUUUUAAAAUGUUUUAUGUAUGAGCAGUAAGAGAUUUUAUUCCUCUUAGAAUGGCCAUUUUGAGCAAAAAGAGUUAAUGCUCCUCACUAAAAUCUUGGAAGUCUGCUUUUCUCUCAUGGCUAAAUGUAUUUGCUUCUGGUGGGAAAGUUUAGCAUCUUAUACCUCACUCUGGAUAAGAAUGAUAUCACCUUCCUCCUCCUAGUAGUGAGCUCACACUCCUGUAAUCAGACAAAACUUUCUCAACUUUUUUGACAUAACCUCAAAAGUUCCCACCUCCCCCUUAGGACUGCCUGGUGGGUGAAGAUGGACGUUUCACAGAGGCUGCAGGGUCUGAGCUUCAAAAGAAAGCUGUCCUCGAAGAAGGAAAUGAAGCUGGUAUGUAUAUUUUGUAUUGUAUUCAGAAAUAAAGUGGAGUUUAUCAGAUAUAAUGAAUGCCCUGUUGCGCCAAGAGAAGUGCAUUAGCAUUUGGAAUUUCAGCCGAGUGAUAAUUUUGUUCACUUUCCUCAGUCAUUCGGAUGCUUCAAGGAACAAAGAGCUUAUUAAAAGAAGAGAAAUGCAUACACAGCUACCCCUAUGACUGGAGGACUAAGAAACCAGUGAUCAUUCGUGCCAGCAAGCAGUGGUUCAUUAAUACGGCAAAUCUCAAGGCUGCUGCCCAGGUACAAGGCAGACUUCUAAGGUGUAUGGAUACUCACUUGUAUGUGGGAGGGGGGCAUACUUUGCAUAGCUGAUACAGUCAUACCUCGGGUUGAAGUAGCUUCAGGUUUUCAGGUUUCGCUCUGUAGCGACCCAGAAGUAAUGGAACGCAUUACUUCCAGGUUUGCCGCAUGCGCAGACGCUCAAAAUGACGUCAUGCGCGGAAACGGCGAAUUGCAACGUGCAGACGCUGGUUGCGUUCACUUUAGGAUGCGAACGGGGCUCCAGAUUGGAUCCCAUUCGCAUCCAGAGGUACCACUGUAUUUUAAUUACCAAAAGUAUCAGUCUUACUGCAUGCCUCUAGGCAGCUUUCUGAUGAGUGAUGUGUAGCAAGAAAGACCAUUGGUUUGCUAGCUGGGGCUGAUGGGAGUUGGGCACCCCAGUCUCGCCAUCCAUGGUCUAAAUAGUGCCUCUGUCUUCCUUUAAGUCUCAACUUUGCCAAAUGCUUUCUGGCUAUUUUACAGGACGCACUAAAGAAAGUAAAAUUUGUCCCAGCCUCAGGGGUGAACAGAAUGCUAGAGAUGCUGGACAAAAGAACAUACUGGUGUAUAUCGAGGCAGCGGCGCUGGGGUGUUCCCAUUCCAGUUUUUUACCAUAAGGAAACGGGAGAAUCAUUAAUAAACGGGUGAGUACUUUACAGUCUUCCGUUUUAUUUCAAAAAGGAAUUUGGUUUGCUGUCAGAAAUACAAUCUUUUUUGCGUAGAACAGUCAUUGGCGUUACAAUACAUGCCGUAUUCUGGCGUUUGCUGUUUCGGUUCCUGUGGCAGAUGAUUUGUCGAAACAGGGCAUUUUGCAUGGAAAUCCAAUCCUGCGAUAUAUUAGCAUGUUUGUUCCCAAAUUAAAAUCUCUCAGGAAGUUUGAUGGAUGCUGGGCGUAAACGAGCAGUGCAGCUAUUGGCUUUGAUGUCGGGAUCUGCAUGGGAUGGUAUAAGAGUACAGAGCAGCCCUCUAGACUAAAUGGGGCAAUGUCUUCCGCAAGGGUUUGCAUGCAGAUUGCAGCACAUCCCUAUGAAAGCGGCCACAGAAUGGGACGCAUCUAUGCAAGCUGAGAUUCCAGCAUUUCGGGGUUGGACUAGAUGACCCUUGGUGUCCCUUCCAAACUUACAAUUCUAUGAUUCUAAGUCAAACGAUCACAGUGUGCUGAAUAGGCAGACCACAGGCAUUUACCUGCUGGGAGCAAAACGCCUGUACAGAGGAUGAAGCCUGUCUUAUUUGCAGUGCACAUUGCACUGCAAGAUCAAGGAGCAUAGGCUCUGCUGUCUAGCGUCAAGGAAUGAAGGGGUGGUGCUGGGAAGCCUGCUCAUCUGAGAGCCAAGUGCAGCCCUGGGUUUCCCCCUCCAUGAAUGACGAAUGAGCCUGCAUUCACUUAUUUGGGAAACAGUAAGAGGGUGUGCCUCUGGAUGGGUCUCAACCUGGCAGCCCCAGACCCUAAGAAACAAGCUCGCUGCCUGAGUCUUGAAUCACUCCAUUUGGUGGUUAUUUUUGCAUUUGUGCUGGCCCUUGGGAAGCGGCAUCUAUCUGUGAACUAGUCCCUGUUGUUGUGGUUUGCUUUGGCUGGCCAUGCAGCAGCAGCAGCUGGUGUUUCUUUGUGGUUGCUGAAGGUGAGGAAAAGGCAUGAGGUCCAUAAGUUCACCAGACUGCUGCUGUCGGGUAAGAGUAAAACAGUGUUGAGUCUGUCUGCAGAAAAACAGACAUGUUCAUGGCAGCGCUUGCCCCGUGCAGAGGCCUGGUGAGGCCGCCCAGCUGUAGUUCUUACAGCGGGGGCAGAUGCAGCCUGGGGUUGCAGUGGCUAAAGAGUAAAGUCUGUCCCAAUAUCCCAGUAUCUUGGGUAUCGGGAGACCUCUCAGGAGCUAGAGGAAAUACAUCACUGAGCACAGGUAUUGUUGCCUAUCUGCCGUACUGCACUCCAUUCUGGCUUUCACAGGAGAAAAGACUGCAUCAUCAAACAAUAAUCCCUCUGUGUCACAGAGAAACUGUCUUUUAUGUCAGUUGUGAUUUGCAAAAGCCCAUCUUCUUUCCCCUAGAAGUUUGUUUGUGGCCAGGUGAAGUACCAUGUCACCCUCUUGUCCUAUAUGUCUGCCUUUAUUAUUUCUCCUCUCUGAUUCCUGAUUUGCAAGGCCUGGUUGCUAUUUUUCAUUAAUAAAGGAGAACUCUUCUUGUGCAACCCAAUCCUGUCCUGUCCUGCUUAGUUUCCCCAGAAGCAAGCUGGGCAGGGAGGCUAGUUUGCACCAGGGGGAAGAGGUUUUUCCCACCUCGUCAUGAUUAAGAGAACUGAUUGGGUGGAAAGGAAAAAGGACACAACUAAUGGUUAAUUCCUGGAAGUAAUAAUGCUGGGCCUAAAUCUGCCUGACCUCAGAUUUCACAGUGUUUGCAAAAUAUUGUGGCUCAACUACAGAACUAGUACCCCUGCUCUUUGGUGCUUAGGUAUCAAAGCAGGUCAAGGCAUUGCUCAUUCUUGAAACGUAAAAAUGGCUUUGUCUUGCCAAUUUGCUGUUGUAAACUGUCUGUGUUCCUGUUUUAACCACACCUUACUCUUUGUCCUCUGCGCUACUCCCUCUGCAAACAUUCUGCAGCAGAUAGAGAUGGAUAAGUGUGUUUCUCAGAGCAGGGGUCGGUAAGAAGGUUGACCAAAGUAUUCUGGUAGGCUAAUUUCCGGUGAACGGCUUAGUAUCUGCUGGUUGCUGGGGUUCUUGCCAAGAAUGCUGGAUUAUGCAGACCUUGGCCUAAGCAACAAGGUGCCUUCAUUCUUACGCAAGAGUUUGUGCUUGUGAUCAUGUAAAUCAAAAUGAUGUGCAUGCUGUCUUACUCUGUAAGCUUUUAAAGCACAUUGGUGAUUCUAGUAACAAAACAAGAAAUUGACCAUGCAAGACUGAAGUCUCUGCUUUAGAAGUUCUGAAAUUGAUGUUCAUGAGAUCCUGAUAGUCUCUUGUCACAAAGGAUUUGUGGAUGGGCCAUGUUUGGCUUCAACUCUGGAACUAGGAAUAGGAUUUCUGGAGUGGGCUAUGGGAUUGCGUAUACUCGUGUGCUGCGUCUACUUGGAUUUGACACUGUGUGUGUUUACUCUGGUUAAGGCGAAACCAGCAGUGUUCCUGAAGCGACUGAACCUGCUAACUUAGCACUGUUCACUUGUAGCGCCAGAUAGAGGGAGAUGAGAGGUCGGUGCCCAACUACAUACCCUUCAUAUGUACAACAUUUCAGAUUCAAUAGGUAACAUCUUUGGUUAAUAAAUGGCAGUAGCACGGAUAAGUACGAGAGAACAUGCUCCAAGCUCUAGACAUGAAUGCAGAAAACCGCAUGUUCUAAAUAAUCCUACACAUUAUUUGCUUCCUCUUUAUGGCACACUACUUGCAAUCAUGUACUUUGCCCUCCUGUACUGCAGGAAGUUACUGUUUAUGAAUUCGGUUCAUUUAAUAAAAAAACACCCUUGAUCAUAAAAUCUCUUCUUUUGUAUGAUCAGGGAUGAAAAUAAAUUAAACACUCUUAGCACUCUUGGCCAUACAUGGGAUGACAUUUUGAAAAUAGCUGAAUAAAGCAUUUUAUUGGAAGCAAAGCUGAAUAAAGCAUUUUAUUGUAGUUUUGAAGUGAACAUCUAGGCAGUUAUCUAACAAGCAGCAGCAAAAGCGUACUCUUUUGAAACAUGCAAUUGAUAUAUAUGCCACUAAUAUUGCUGACUAGUUAUACUGAACAAUUGGGACAAAUCGGUCACCUCCAACAGUUUUUUUUAAAGCUCAGAUUGUACAUUAUCACUUGCAGGUGUAAACUAAGGGCAGUUUACGGAGCAAUCAUGUGAAGCAAAUCUUCUCUUUGGUUAAAUACAGUAGUUAGUAAUACAUGACUGCAAACUAAGCUUCUGUGCAGAUGAGGACUGCAUAGUUAGAUAAAAGUAUGUUUAUUUUAUACUUUUAUGUGUUUGUUUACUUGACAUACAGAUCUUGUGCAUUCCUUGCGGAGUAGUGAAAGUAUUCAGAAUAUUGGCCUACAGAAAUGACAGGCAGAUUUAGAAAGCACUGUCUGUCAAAUCAUAGGUCAUUACCCUGAACCUCAAUUUUGAACAGAAACUUUGUCAGAACAUUUUCUGCUGAACACACGGUACUUUUACGUGUGUAGCUAGACAUCAUGCCAACAUUAUCAUACAGAAAUAAAAUUUGGGAAAGAAACACGGUGUUUUCAGUAGAGCUGAUGCACUGUAAAUAACAGGUAGCUAGUUGUUCUGCUGUGCAGUUGUUCUUCAGGCAAUAUCCAGUGAAGGUCAGUGGCCUUCAAAAGUAACAGCACCUCCACUGGAAAUAUGGCUAGUCCACAUGGAGUUGCUGUUACACUUGACAGCCCUGCUUGGAGCAUUUCUUUUCUGUCCAUCGUUGGGUCUGUAAAUGUUCUUAUUGCAUCUCGUCUAAAAUAGGUGUCUGGGAAAUGUUCCCCUGAACCUCAAGAUAAGCAGAACAAAUGUUUUGCGUAGCCCAUAGAACAUUUACUAGAGUGAUUUUUUUUAAAUGUCCAUUUCUGACAUACCUGUUACAUGUGAAAAAUCAAGAGUUUGCUGUCUCUUGCCCCACCCAGUCCCCCAUUUAUAUCCAAUGCCAUGUGGGGAAUCUGGUACAUCCCUGGUGCCCCACAAGUAUAGUACAGAACUGGAUUAUGCUGCAGCCGGUACCACGAUCCAUCAAAGAAUCUUUAAAGAAGAAGAAGAAGAAAAGUUUAAAAAUGGUAUUUGAAUGCAGAUAAAAUCCUUUCUGGAGAAGCAUUUCUCUGCUUUGAGAAAUGUUGAGAUUAGAGGCACAUGAAUUUAUGUUAAAAGAAAUACAACCAGCUUUCAAUUUCCCACAACAGAUAAAUGAAAGUUAUUCAUCAAUAUAGCUUUGAAAUUGAAUUACUAGGUAAGGACUUGUGUGUCCUUAAGAAAACUGUUUCUUAAACUAUGAAGCAGAUUAACAGUCUUCUCUCUAUGAAGUGGAAGGACUGAACCUAAACGUUUUCCCACUUACAGAAGAAACAGUGGCCUCUGGAACUUAAUUUAAUUUAAAACUUACAAAAUCCUGAACUAUGCAGUGUGAGAACACUGAGCAGAAAUGGAAAGAGUUAAUUACAAAUUUGUGAAAGCAUUUGCAGCUUGUUGUACACUAGAUACUUUAUUCAAAUAAGGGGAAAGCUUCCGCAUUGACAAUCCAGAUUAGUUGGAAUGACUUAGAUUUAAAAUAAAUCUAAAUCAGCUGCUUUCCAAGUACUCAAGUUUAACUACUUGAAUAUCUGUCCAUGUGAGAGCUAAAUGUCCCAUCACCUAGAUUUCACUAGUAGCUGGAUGUGGUUAUCCUCAUUUAAUUAAGAAAAUUACUAAAUUACUAAAUCACCUGGUUGAGCUAAUCCUUCCACAUCGUAGCUCUUAAAUCUUAAUUUCUGAUCCAAAAUCUGCAUUAAUUUCUGUAAAUUUAUAAGGUCCUACCUAAGUAGCUUAAAAGGUAAGUGCAAGAGAGCUUACCUGGCACUCCUCGCUGUUGUACAAAAAGGUUGGAGCAGCAACCACCAGUGCCUGUUUCUUUCCUCGCCCCAAAAACGUCUCAGUGCUGCUUAAUUUCCCACUAAAUAAGCAUUUGGUGUAAUCAAUAUCAGACUUCAAAAUGAUUGGUUGGCGUCAUGGUAGCGUGAAUUGCCCUGUGGAUUUUCAUGCUAGAAACCUAGAGAGUGACACGUAAUGCAACUUCUGCCCAAUACGGCGUAUAAAUCCAGGGCAAAGUUUUACAGCCAAGCUUCUUUUGCUUACAUUGUGAAUUAUGGUUCUCAAACUGAAACUUGCCCUUCGUAGAGUGAUAAGUAGAUAUUUGAGGAAGGUGUUUAAUGUACACUGCAGAGAGAACUUUUGCCUUGAGUUUUUUUCCAAGGUAUGUACUGUACAGAUGAGAACAGGAAACAUACGCUUGUUUUUUUGGGGGGGGAAACAACCCACGAGAGUGGAGAUGUAUUCCAGGAUUUGGAAAGGUUUUAUGGCUAUCAAAUACAGUGGUACCUUGGGUUAAGUACUUAAUUCGUUCCGGAGGUCUGUUCUUAACCUGAAACUGUUCUUAACCUGAAGCACCACUUUAGCUAAUGGGGCCUCCCACUGCUGCCACGCCGCCGGAGCACGAUUUCUGUUCUCAUCCUGAAGCAAAGUUCUUAACCCAAGGUACUGUCUCUGGGUUAGCGGAGUCUGUAACCUGAAGCGUAUGUAAGCUGAAGCGUAUGUAACCCGAAGUACCACUGUACGGUGCUUUUGGAGGCCAAUGAGAUUGUGAAAAACUAUAGCUAGUAGUUCUUUUUUAAAAAAAAAUUGUGAGAACAGUAAGUUGCUGAUCAUUCUGGUUAAUUAGAAAUCUGUAGGAUCAUAUUUUGUUUUUACCUUCUUAAGAAAAGGAGUAUCCUGAUGUUUUUGUGCGUAAUUUUACGUUCUGUUUUAGAUUAGCAGGUAACACUCAUUGAAUAUAUAGAGUAUAAAUUCUUCCAGGAAUGUUACUGCUUUUAAAGCUAGGUUCUCGUCUGUACAACAGCAAACUCUGAAAAUUUGUUUGCAAAACUGCUUAAGGGCUUGAAGGAAAUAGAGAGAGAGCCUGAGAUUCUGAAGAAUGGUUCUAUUUUCACAAAUGACACCUGCCCACCUACACAUGUUUAUCAUUUGUCAUGUCUAUAUCAUUGAUAUCAUUCAUUUAUCCCUUGUGAAGGUUUCGUGCCUUGUUGCCUGGAGGCAAUUAUUAUUUUCCCCAGACAAGUGGCUGUUUUCAAGCCUGUUACAUUCAGAUUAUUAAUUAUAUCUAACCAUCUUCACUAUCAACUGCUUGUCAUGUUGCAGAGUGAAGUACAUCCUAUAGCCACCUAAUUUUGUGAGUGCCUGUCGUUUUGUAGCCAAAAUGGCACCAGCCACAGUUAAGAGGGUGGUCAAUCUGCAAGCUUAGGGGAAUGCAGUGGACUAUCUUGAAAGUAGGUAUGGCUGGAACCCUGAUAGAAAUGCUGCACACUGCACCAUUUUGUUGCAGGUCUCACUUGCAGUAAUCUAAUCUCAUCAAAGUAUGUUCAAUUGCUAUUGCCCUUUUGUUUUCUCAGGGAAUGUAACGUGGCUUUGUUAUCGCCUUUUAUAUGCUUUGCUAAAGUCCAGUAUGUGUUGAAUCAAGAUAUUAUCUUAUAAAAAGUUAGAUAGGUUCACGAUCAUUGAAGGCAAAAUAUGACAACAGAAAUGGCUACUCUCCAUGGUAAGAAGCCUGAGGCUUCAAACAGAUGGAUCAUUUUAAAUUCAUUGUAGUUAAAUUAUGGAACUCGCUCCCACUGGAGGCAGUCGUAGCCGCCAACUUGGAUGGCUUUAAAAGAGGAUUAGACAGAUUCAUUGAGAGGAAAAGGCCAUUCACAGCUGCUAGCCACGUGCCAUAAUGUCCAUGUUACAGGUGGGCAGAGUGCUCUUGUGCUUCCCUCAGGCCACUGUGAGAACAGGAUGAUGGGCUAGAUGAACCACUGGCCUGAUCCGGCAGACUCUUAUGUCACAGUGUUCUGAAAUAAAGCUUGCCUCUUUAAAAGUUUUACUUUUUUAUACAGCUCAUGUCUCAGAACUGGAAGUUCCAAUGCAAUGGUCACCAACCUUUUGGGGCCCAGGGACAGAUUUGGAAUUCUGAGGGAAUGUUGUAGGCACCAGUCACAAAAUGGCCGUCACAAGGGGGCAUUGCUUGACACAAAAUGGCUGUCAAGUGGGUAUGGCUCGACACAAAAUUGGGACUACUGGUAUUUCUACAUAAUAAUAAAGCAGCAACUGAUUGGUUGACCUGGGAAACCAGGUUUCAAAUUCCCUACUUGGUCAUGAAGUUCACUGGGCGAUUUUGGGCCAGUCACUGUCUCUCAGCCUAAGGUACCUCACACUAUGGUUGCGAGGAUAUAAUGGUAAGGGGGAAAACUAUGCUUGCCAGCAUGAGUUGCCUAGAGGAUAUUAUUGUAAUAAAAAUUUAAAAACCUCAUCCUUCAGGGCAAGAAAAAAGUAAUGAGACAAGCUUCAAGGCAAGUGGGGAAGAAACCCCCUUUUCACUCUGUCCGCCACUCAGAAUUAAAAUGCAAGAAACAACAAGAAGGGCUGCUCAUCAUCUCUUAACCCCUCCCCUCUGGGGCGAAAUGCCCUCUGGAACAAGAAAACAGGGGAGAGACCUUCUUAUCACCUCUCCCUUUCCAAAAUAAAAAUGCUUUAUGAUACUAGAAAAAGUGGGAAUGCAAACCAUGAGGUGAGCAGGAAGGUAGAAGAGGGAGGAAAUGGCUGCCCAACCAGUUUGAGUGAAAGCGGCUGGGAACUUCCAGCUUUGGGAGCUGCUCUGCAGGAUAAAGCAAUAUGAAGUACCUGCACAGUUUGCUACAUAACUUUUUGUCUAGGAAGGCUGGAGACUUACUCUUUUUUUUAAGGGAAUGCUCAGAGUUGGGAGCUCCUUCCUGGGGGUGCUAACGAAGGCCUUCACAGGCGCCAGAUUAGCAACCUCUGUUCUGCUGGUUCUCAGUUUGCUUCAAUGUCUUGUGCUAUUUUGAAGAAUAUAUUAGCAGUAGUCUCCUGAUCCAUUGUCUCUGCUUUGCUCCCCCCCCCCACUCCCCGUACAGAAAAAGCAUUGAGAAUGUUAUUAAGAUAGUGGAGCAGCAUGGCAGUGAUGCCUGGUGGACCCUUCCUAUUGAGCAGCUUCUUCCCAGUGAAGCUUUGGCACAGGUAAGUCAUUGUCAGUGGAAGUUCUCUCUGAAGGUCUGGUCCGUGUAGGUAAUGGCUACUCCUGCCAAGGAGCAGGAACCAGGAGGCUGGUGGUCUGGCAGGCCAGGGGUUAAUUCUGAUCCCAUAUACCGUGGUAGACUGGGAUAAAGGGAGCAAGCAGCAAAGGCCGAGCACUUCCCAGUAAUGUCCCAUGUUCCAAAGAAUAUCCUGGAGCUGGGUCAAGACAGUAACUAGAACUGUUAAUAGGUUGUAUGAAUACGCCCACAAUAUAUAUACUCAAAAAGAAAACUAUAGCUUAAACCUUAAAAUGCCAACAAAUUUUAUUAUAGCAUAAUGUUUUAUUGGACUUGCUGCCCCACUUGCUUCUGCUGCCCCACAUGCAUGAAGAGUUUUCUCUUCAGUUGACACUGACAUAUGUCGCCUCUUUCAAUGAGGAUAUAAUAAAAGGUUAUACUGUGGCUGGUCCUUUGUGAAUUUUUGCAAUAUAGAAUUCAAGGGUGUAGAAAUGGAAGAAAAACUGAUCUGUCUGAGAGUUGUGGAAUCCUUAAUUUCUUUAUUUCUUUAUUUCUGGAACAGGCUGGCGAUGUCCAGGAUUACGUACAAGGUCAGGAUGUCCUAGACAUCUGGUUUGAUAGUGGAACAUCUUGGGCUCAUGUUUUGGAAGGUAAGGGGUGGUUUUAAAUUCAGUUACUAUCAAGAAUUGUGCAGUUGGGCAAUAGACAUCCACCCUUAAUGUCCACAGGGAGAUGGGAAACUGUGCCCCCCCCAGAUAUUGUUGGGUUAUAGCUCCCACCAUCUCUGACAAUUUACCAAAAUACACACACGUUUUCGCUGGCUUUUGACACCUGAGAUGCAAAUUUUUAGGACUUGCCUUAUUUUUGUGGUUGUAAAUUGUUGUUUUAAACUGUUUUCAAUGAUGUGGUUUCAUUGUUGUAACCUGCCCUGGGAGCUUAGGGUGAAGGGCAGGUAAUAAAUGAUGGUGUUGAUUAUGAUGAACUUGGAGGACAAUGUCUGAAAGUCUUCAGGUUCCCCAACCCUAGUUUAAGCAGUUGCGAAGUGUAAGUCUGCUUUUUCCCCCCAUGUAACACAAUGUUGAAAACCUGUUGAAGGUUUAAGUGUGUAUGGAUGUCAUUGCAUUUCAUUUCCUAAGUGUAAGAGCUAGGUUUUGUGCGCUGCAGUAUGUUAAUCUUGCUUCAGGCAAAUAGUGGCUUUUCAGGGUGCUUGUGGAUGUGUCAGUAGCCAGUCCUCUGAAUAUUUGCAGAGGUGACAUAUAUACAACAGAGGGGGGGGGGGCAGGGAAGACCUAUGUCUUCACCUUUAUAUGCUCCCCAGUAUAAUGGCAGAAAGGUGCAGCCUGGGAUGCUGCUUUGAGUCGGAAUCUGGUACAGGGCAUCAAUGCUUUUGAACUUUACACCCGGAGUACACAAAUGUCUGAUAACUAUCUUGUUGAACUGUAAAACAUGUUGGCCCAGGGUUGUGGUGGUGGUGUUUUUAAUUUCCCAGCAACCCAGGGAAGCAAUAGAACCAUCAGCAAACAGUGCAUUUAUUGAAGGGCUCUUUGCCCCUUGUCUUGAAACCAUUCAGUUAGAUAAUAGUGAAUUUUGUACAGCUCCCUUACAGUUGCAAAACCCUGACAGUAUUCUUCAAGAAACUGAAAGAGAUGGACAAAGAUGGUUUUAUAACCAGGAUCAACACAUUACAUUGUGCAUUAGCAGUGCAUUCUUCCUUUCUUGUGCAUAUUUUGGUCAGGUGAAUUCUGAUGGCCAGAAGCCAAGUUUAUAGCUGCUUGGAAGCUCUGCCCAAUGAUACCUACAAACUCUUGAGAUAAGGUGUCUAUCUCCAACAUUCAAUGUCAACUGUGCAGUGGUCUGCUGGGCUGUGUUGGAAUUGAAGACAAUGAACCAGCUGACUGGGACAGCAGCUCAAAUUGCCAUUAAGCAUUCAGGAUCUUGUUUAUGACUUGACGACUUAAUAUAAUUACAGCUACUGAAUACAUUUUUAUUUAAGAAGGCUUUCCCUGAAGUAUGACCAGACACUUAUGGAAUACUGUAUUAAUUGUACAAAUUUAAGACACAGUUUUAUUGUUUUUAUAGUCGGUAUCUUUUAUAUUUUAUCUUACUGUACACUGCCCCAGUAGCUUCUGGUUCUGAAACAGUUUAUAAAUCUGUAAAAUACUAGUAUUUUACGUCAAGCAGUUUAUCUAUUCUUAAAAUAAGGAAUAUUUGGAACUAAAUUACUUGUACCUUUUCAAAAGCUGCAGAGAAAGCCAUAACAAACAAUAUAACACCUUGAGUUAAAACCAUUCCUUUUCACCCAGUGCAUGCCUACAAAACUGCAAGGAGGAAGUUGUCCUGGUUCAACUAAAAAUGGACAUAGCAGGAACUGGAGAGGAGAAUCUUGCUGUAUUCUUCUCACUGCAAUACAUUGUUUAGUCGUGGACACACCCUGCUUGGCAGGGGGUUGGACUCGAUGGCCCUUGUGGUCUCUUCCAACUCUGUGAUUCUAUGAUUCUAAUGUCAUGGUUGAAAUGUACUCUAGUAUUUGGGAGAACCCUGCAGCACAACUCUGAACUACUUGCAGAGCCAUCAUUCAUCGAAACACACACAUGCAAUACUGUGUUUUAGUUCUGGUUCGAGUAUUCUGUAUCUAGAAACACUGAAUUAGGUUGUGUUCCUCAUGCAGAAGGAUCUGCUUGCUUAAGCCAAGUUUAAAGAUGCCAGAGAAAUGGAGCAUCAGAUAAAAACAGCACUGAAAUCCGUCUGUCGUCUUUGUGCUAGCUCUCACCACACUAAUGUUUAACUAAACGAAUGGGAUUGUUUUAUAACAAGACUAUCUGGUUAGAGCUUUUGUGCUGACAGUGGUAGUUUAAGGGAAAGGUCUGGGUAAUUGUACUUAAUCUAUGGGUUAAAGUCUCCUAUAAUCAAAGAUAUAGAAUACUAUAUUCCAGCAAAAAAAGGAUUAUUAAGAACCUAUGUUCCCUAACUGUAAAGAAUAACCCUAAUUAAAAGCCUUCUAUCCCAUUUUUUUCAUGUUGUAAACUGUAAGGGGGGGAAGGCAGAUAUCUACAUAGAGAUAUGUGAGCAGUUAAGAAUGAAUUAUUUUUUGUUUGCACAAACUUGGGCCAAUUUCAGUCUCAAGUCAGAAGUGUGUUUGAAAACAUAUAUUUUUCUUCUUUAUUUUUCUUUGAACUAUUUAUAAGCCACUUUUUCUGAAUACAACUCAUUCAAGGCAGCUCACAUUUAAAAAGUCCAACAUAAAAUCCAUAAUACAAAACACGGUUUAAUUUUGGGCAGAGCAGUUAUAAAACAGUAUGUCAGUGCGUGUAUUAAUAACAAGAACACACACAUAUUGAUAGACAGUUGACGCUGAAUCUGUUUGAAUGGAAGGUUUCUCUUAGGAGCACACAUAGCAAGAUUACAUUUGCCCCCACCCCAAGGUGUUGUCUGCUUUUCACAUUUUGUGAAUAUGUUUUCCCCUUUCUUUACUUUCCCGUUUUUCUCUGUAAGGGACUUUACAGUGCUUUGUAGAGGCCCAUGGAAUAUAGUUCUUUGGCAACAAAAAUUCCCCCAUAAUGCACAUACUUGCAUGAUACACUUUUACAGUGCAGUGCUAUGCAUUUGGACUUGAUUUCCCGCCUUUCACUCCCCUUAAGGAGUCUCAAAGCCGCUAACAAUCUCCUUUCCCUUCCUCCCCAACAACAAGGUGAGUGAGGCUGAGAGACUUCAGAGAAGUGAGACUAGCCCAAGGUCACCCAGCAGCUGCAUGUAGAGGAGCGGGGAAGCGAACCUGGUUCCCCAGAUUACGAGUCCACCGCUCUUAACCACCACACCACACUGGCAUUUGUUUUGCGGGCAUCCCACUUCUUUCAAUGGGGGAUUAAUCCAAGUGACUUUUUACAGGAAUGCAGCUUUGUCGAGCUGAAGUCUUUCCCCCCCAUUUUUUAAAUUGAAAGCUUGAGGUUUUCAUCUUAACCAUCUCCAAAUAAAAUCUCUGCAGGACGUUUCCUGUGCCCUCUGGACUGCCAGAGUAGUGCCAUGUUUGCAGUGGGUGUGUAAUCAGAGCAACAACAUCCUGCCAUUAAACCUUACGCAUGUUGGGAGCCUUGUGUGCAUUGCAUUUCACUGGAUUAUAGUGUGUGCGCCUUUGUGUGUGUGUGUAUGUAUGUAUGUGUGUGUGUGUGUGUGUGUUUAUUAAAUUUGUAUCCUUCCCUUCCUCCCAAAGGAGCCCAGGGCAGGUUACCCUAUUGUGACUUUAAAAAAUGAAAUGAAAAAUAAAAUCAAAACAUAACAUCUAAAAACAAUAAAACGUCUAAAACAAAUAUAAGAACAUAUGUAACCAAAUCAUGUCUCUGGAUGGGCCCCAGACAGACCAUUGGGUCAUCAUCUUGGGGACCCUUAGCCAAUCAUACCAGGGAGGAGAACUGGCCAAUUAGGAGAGAGUGAGGAUGUUAAAGAAACAGCUAGUUAGGCAGGAUAAACCUGUUUAAUUUCCUUAGGUGGCUGAAAAGGAUUUAGGAAGAGGCUAGAGGUGCUUUUAUGUGAAAAGGAAAAGUGGAUAGCCAUUCUAGAAGGAGAUAGUUUUAAUAGAAACUCUUCUGUUGCGGAGAAUUAUAAGUAAAGUUCUUGUUCAAAUGUGAAACAGUGUUUCUGACAGAAAAUAAGUACAGUGGUACCUCGGGUUACAUACGCUUGAGGUUACAUAUGCUUCAGGUUACAGACUCCGCUAACCCAGAAAUAGUACCUUGGGUUAAGAACUUUGCUUCAGGAUGAGAACAGAAAUCGUGCUCCGGCAGCGCGGCAGUAGCAGGAGGCCCAUGAGCUAAAGUGGUGCUUCAGGUUAAGAACAGUUUCAGGUUAAGAACAGACCUCAAGAACAAAUUAAGUUCUUAACCCGAGGUACCACUGUAUUGUGUCUUUAAUAGUGAACUGCCAAGCUUUAUCCUCCUUUCAGGUUUAGUCAAGAAAAAUACAGUUUUCGUUUCCAUCAUGCCUCAGCUUUAAUUGAUACCUACUUCAGGGAAUGAGUUGUCACAGGAACCCCCGAUAUCAAGAGUUCCUGUUUUAGGUUUAUAUGAUGUAUUGAAUUCUUUGUUGUUUGAGGAGGGGAGUGACCAAGGUCAAAUCACUCCAGACUUUGCUCCCAUCUUCACUGAAGGAGUGUGUCACAAGGCCCGCUGAAAGAAGAAAAGCUUUUGGCAGGUGCCAACCUAAUGUCAAUAGGCAGGGAGUUCCAAAGUACAGUUGCUGCCACACUUAAGGCAUGACUUUAGUGUAUAGGUGUGUUGCAUAGUAAAUCACUUCUCUGUGACCUUUGUCACGUUGUGCUUGUUACAGCAGAAUUUAAAUAUCAAAAUUCCUUAAACAAACAGCAGAAGGCUGUAAAAAUGGUGUGACAAAGGAAUCUCUGAAAGGAGUAACUGAAUACUGCUGUGGAGGGAAAAAAUGAAAUGUUCAAAGUUCCCAUUGCAAGGCAAAUUAGAUUUUUUUCAAAAAUCUGCUCCCUCAUUUUCAUAGGUUUAAUAUGGGACAGAGGCCUUUUGCUAGGGGAGGAAAUGCAAGUGAAUGAGGUGUCUUCUUGCAUAAGACUUCAGGGAUGUGAAAAGAUGCACUGGCCAAAAUUCUACCUUUCCCACUCCUAUUCAGGUCGCAGGAGGUGUGUCUUUUAUUGAAUCAAACAACUGGAUUCACCCUUUUAUUUGGGAGUAAGAAGCUUAACAGUACCUGCACUCUGAAGUCUUUUAAGUGUCUUUAAAAAUGGUUAGAUUUAGUAUUUUAUUUAUGAGGCAUGUUCAGAUUGUGUGAUGGUGUUGUGUGUGUGUUUUUAAAGGGCUUUGUGUAAACUUUGCUGUAAAGCUGUCUUAUGGGUUACAUUGGUAUAACGCGGUAUUAAAGCAAAAGCUCCACAGCAGCUAAAUUCCUGCUUUAAAAUGCCACUUUUUUCUUGACUUUAUUCAGAUGCAGGUGAAAGGGCUGAUCUAUACUUGGAAGGGAAAGACCAGCUGGGAGGCUGGUUUCAGUCUUCUCUCUUGACCAGCGUGGCAACACGAAAAAAGGCACCGUUUAAGUAAGUUGAUGCUUGGAAAGUAGUACAUCGUAACUAUCUGUUGAACCUCUGGAUGGAAAUGACAGCAUCAGGGUCUUUCUUCUAGGGCGGUUAUGGUUCAUGGAUUCACUCUUGGUGAAAAAGGAGAAAAGAUGUCUAAAUCGAUUGGCAACGUUGUCGAUCCAGAUGUAGUCAUCAAUGGCGGCAACGUGAGUAAUUGCAUCGUUACGUUCCCAAAUCACAAAAAUCAGUCUAUUAGUUUCUCAGAGAAGCAAUGGUAAGCACCUAAUAGUUCAGCUAGGUCCGAUUAUUUACUGCCUGAAAUAAUUUGCUUUGCGUUAAAUCCAUCCCCAGCUCAGCAGUGAGAGAAGAAUUACUAAGAGGGUGGCGAGUAAGACAAGUUCUUAGGGUAUCACAGCAGCAGAGUACCCAUUGUGCGGAAGGAUAAAGUAGCAAAUGAUGGGCAAGUCCACUGCUUGAGACUUUGGAGAGCCACUGGGCUACAGGAAUCAAAAGGCAGCUUUCUAUGUUCUGGAGUUGAAAGGUUUAGCUGAGAGCAUAGCAUGCAGGCUGAGUGGGUAGGUUAACCAGGAUCAGGCUGGAAGGGAGGUAAAGGCAGAUGCAUUGGUGAAAGAGCUCAUAGGCAUAAUAAACACUGACUUAUCAUUAUGAGAACAAGUCUUAGGUGCUCCCACCUCCCCUCCUCUCUUGUGACUGCGAAGAGGAAGUUGGAAGCUGUCACUUCCACUUCAGAUUAACCACAGUUUAAGAGUUAUGUUCAAAGUGAUAAAAUUGCACUUAGGUUAACUGUGGUUGCUUGAAACGUGAAUUACAAAGCUGGUUUUCUCCCCCAACUAACUAUAGUUAGAAUUAACUAGUAUAGGAUUUGGAUGCAGCAUUAAACUGAUUUAAUUGAAAUCUGAAGCGAAAGCCUCCAACCUCAUAUUUCACUAGAGGAGGGGAGGUGUGGAGGAGCACGAGUCCUAGGUUUGCUCAUGUCACAAUAAACCAUGGUUCAAUUGCCAUAUUCACACCAGGUCUAUAUGUCCCUCAAAUGUUGUAUUCUAAGCUCACCUUCCACGUGAAUUACUUGUGCCACAUUAACGUAAAGCGGUCUCAAGGACAUGGUUUUGUUACGUUUCAACUGUGUCAGCAAGAUACUUUUGAGUACCCAAGCAACGCUCUUGUCUUUUGUAUAGAAAUUUGGUGCACUGGGUGCAUCCAGCAGUCUCUUCGGCUUAGGUAUUUUCAAGAUCAUGCAUGUUGCUUUUAUUCUAGAAUUUCCUGUUCAGCAGGUUCUGUAGAAGAGUACUCGGAAGUUGUUCUGUGCCUAGUCCGGUUAUACUGAAACUCCAUUAAAACCUCAGUCUGCUUCUGAUGGCUUUAGAGGGAAGGGGAAAUGUGGCACGAAGGUAACACUUCGCUCCAGUUGUUGAAAAGAGCAGAUUUUUAUUGCUGCUGAUGGAAAAGCUUCCUAAAGUGUCUUUCUGAAGCUGAGCUUCCUUGUGUAUCCUUAAACAGUCGUUGAAAUACAGCCCUUGGCAGCCUCGCUUGCAUAUAUCAAUCAUCAUAAAAACAGACCAGUUUUAUUGCUGCUUUACCUUGCUUAUCAGUGCCUGUUCUGCGGGGGUGGGAAUGGUUUUCAUGCCUGGUGGCUUGAGGCUCAACUUGUGCUUGACAUUAACAUUUUGAUCAACUGUUUAGCUUGUGUAUUGAUGUUCACUGCCCAGCUCCUAGCUGGUCCUUUGGCUGCUCUGGCUAGAUUUGAUAGACCCCGAAUUUCUACUUUGCCAGAGCUCUUGGAUCUGGGAAUGUGGAGCAAUCCCCAGUGAAUUAAUAAGGGUUCAGCUACUUGAUGCCAUACCAUGUGUCAAUGGAGACCAGGACAUAAACAUCUUUAAAUGGGAAUCAGUCGCUAGACCCUCUACUCAAGCAACCCUCUUGUCUUAUAUGGGAACAUUUUGGGUCUGGUUCUUUGACCUUUAUCAAACAGGUCUGUUCUAAUGUAUGCUUCACAUGUUGGCUGAGUUGUUCUGUGCCACCAUAUCAUUUGAAAUUUAGAAGUUCUGAUAUCAGGAUUUGAAGAUAAUCCUGAUAUUUGUUCUGAUUUUAAUGUGUAUGAAGGAAAUAUUAGCGUGCAGGUUGGUUUGUGGAUGUAUUUUCCUGAAGUUCAGUGCAUGCUACAAUUGUUACUCCAGUACUCUUCCUCUUGACCAUGCUUAGUUUUUCUUUUUUGCUACUUAUUAUAGUGCAGUUCAGAUGGCAGAUGACAGUAAUGAGUUAGAGGAAAAUAGAAAAAGGAGGGGAGGUGAGCAGUUGGGGAGGGGAGAGAGAGAAAGAGAGACGAGAGUUGUAUAAAUUGUUUCACUACAUACUUGUAACUGAGUUGCUUAUUCUGCUAGGGCUGCCCCAUUCCUUGUUCAGUAAGGGGGAUUCAUCUUUUGGAGCAGACCUCCCAAAGUAAACAAGCACAAUUCUAAACAGGAGGAGAGAAAUUGGCUGCAGCUUUUGCUAAACCAGGCUUAAAAAAUUUAAUGGCUGGGGCGAGGGGAAUUGUUAGCAUGCUUGAGGCUGGCAGAGGAGGGGCAUAUCCGUCCACAGCAUUCUACUGCAUUUCUGUGCCAGGGGAAGAAAUGGGGAACAGACCAUCUCCUGCCUUACACUGAGUCAGACCAGCGGUCCACCCAGCUCAAUGGCAACUCUCCAGGUUUUCAGACCAGGAGUCCUUCUCAAUGAUUGAACCUGGAGCCUACUGCCCCUAACCUAUGGUACUUCCCCUUUCUCUCUAGGCAAGAACAUCAGCAGUAGUUGCUGUGUAGUAGUUUUUACAGCAGCAAGGAACUUCCCUGCUCUCCCUGCCCCAUGUCUGUGACUUGAAAGAUUUUCAAGUAAAAAGUAAUGCUGAUCCUUUGAUGUAGCUUGUCCUGCCACUCUCCUUGAUGGCUCCAAGUUGACAGCAAGUGUGGUUUGACUUUUCUCUCCCUUCCCUCCCCCGCCCAAAGCUUUGCACUAGGUAGCAUGACACAGGUGUGUGUGUGUGUGUGUGUGUGUGUGUGUUGUGCUCUGCAGAGCGAUAAGGAACAGCAGCUAUGCUGCUAAUUCUCAUUUGAGAAUCUCUGGUCCAGUUGAAUUGUGGGGUGGCUGCAUGUCAAGAUUUCAUUGCUGUGUUGCCAGAAAUCUGUAAGCAGUUGGUGCUUUAUGUUCUCCAGGAAAAUGUGUGUUGUCAACGAAACAUGCUAGGUAGACUUCCAACGUAACGCUAAAGAGUUUGUUCCAUUUCUGCUUGCCUGAUAGAACAGUCCUUCUCCCCACCCCACCCCGGUUCUGGGGGUUCACCUGACCUGAGCGGAUUUGGGAGAGGAGGAGAAGAGAGGAAAGUCCUGUUGCACUAGCAGGAGUUGUUGUGCUGGCUUCCAGUAGCAGAAUGGAGCUGUUGGCUCUCACCCACUGUGUAAAUUCAGCAGGUUUGCAGAGCUAGCCUCUCUCUUUUAAUCUCUCCCCCUACCCGCCCAAUCUUUACACUCACAGGACCACAGUACAGACCCUCCAUAUGGCGCCGAUAUUCUACGCUGGUGGGUGGCAGAGUCGAAUGUCUUUGCGGAAGUUCUUAUUGGGCCAGCUGUGCUUAACUCUGCACGAGAUGACAUCAACAAGGUAGGAAGCCAAGAGAAUAAUAACAACAGUAAGAAGAAAAACAGAGUGUCUCCUCUUCAGUAGGAGCCAUUUCAGAUUUAAAACUGUCAGUUUGUUUUGUAGAAUGCAUAACCAGGAAAUAAUGUUUGAGAUCUUCUCUUUAGUUUCUGUUUCAGCUACCACUUGCUGCAGCCCAGCCUCAGAUAACUUGACAGGAAAGGGCAACAAAAUCACUUGCAGUGUGAUUGCAUUCAGCUGUUUGUUUGCUUCCUAUUCUUAUGGUAGAACUAGAUGUGUUUGUCAUGGAAUUCUCCUCAAUACUGAUCCAGAGCAGAACUCCAAUGUAUAGUUAGCAGAGUAAAAACUUAAAACACAUUGCAGGAUUCCCAAAAAAUAGACCAGAGGCAAUUGUAUUUCAUCCAGCAGAGCUACUGAAGACAAAUGAGCAUAAUGGUCACAAAUCUAAUACAUUCAGGAUUGGCACUGUCCAUAAGAAAUCCAGUUGCAGCAGACAACUUAAACUUACAAUAACUUACAAUAAGACUAAACUUUAGUGCUAAGUAUACUAUGUGCAGAACACCACACCAGAAGGAAGAGAGAGAGAAAGAGAAAGUGAAACCCAGACUCCUUCUGGCCUUUUUUUAGUCAGCAUGACCUUGACUGAAGAGAUAACAGAACCAGUUUAAGCCAGCUGUACUCAGCUUCUCUGAAGGAAUAACCGAAACAUCAUGAACCUUCUGCUUGUUUCUUUCACACAGAGAAGCUUCCUCUUGAAUUAAUUAGAAUAUGAAGGAUCUCUACACAUCAGAUCAAUACUUUCUGCACUAAGGGAUGCAAACUGACAGUGUUGCAGCCAACUCAAGGCUGUUGUCAAAGCCCAGUGUCUCCUACUCUUCCCACUUGACAGGCCAUUCAGCUGGAAUUUUGGAAAACUGAUGUUGCAUCAUGUGACGCGUGUGCCUAGGCAGUAAAGUCCAGCUACCUUGUGUUUGCCAUAACUUUCCUUUCCAGCCCUAGGGCCUUGGCACUGAUAACAAUUGGGCAGUCCUCUGAUCUGGUAUUCCUCCAUUGUAUAUUGCAAGCCACAUAGAGCUUUGGAAAGGAGAGGAAGGGAAGAGCUGAAAGCAUUUGGAGAUCAUGUGACUUCCUGACAUGUUUUCAAACUCCUUUAGGAUCAGGGAGGAUCACCUUGAGGUGAUUUCCAGGCAACUAUAAACAGUCUCCUUUCUUUCCACCCCAAAUUGUGAAACAAAGCUUGUAUUGGAAAAGUGACCAGAUAGGAGUCUCCAGCAUUCUCAAGGAAUUAGAAAAGCCUCUGAAAUGUUAAUGGCACUAUUGGUAGCAAAAACUGUUUUAAAUUAUUACUGCUGUAUCAUUCUGGAUUUUGUGGAGUUAUCCUGAUUAAUGCAUGUUGCUGACUGGUUUGUUGAUAGCUUCGGAACACGCUCCGUUUCUUGCUCGGCAACCUGGCCGGCUUCAACCCGGAGACGGACACAGUCCCCACAUCAGAGAUGUAUGUAAUAGACCAGUAUAUGCUCCACCUGCUGCAGGGCUAUGCAAACAAGGUAAGCAGGGAAGGAGGGGGACUAGGAGUUAUAAGUGCUUACAGCAGAAGGAUGUGAGCCUUUGAGCAGUCAGCUGUGUGAAUUACUUAGAAGAGAGGUUGGAUUGAAUCAUAUUUAAGCUAAGGUCCUAGUAGUUAGACAGUGUUUUGUCAUGAAUGCCAAUCUGGAGCAUAAGAGAGACCCUCCUUAUGAUUACAACAGGCUUGCAGAUGUUUUUAAUGAUUGACAUUUUAUUAUGUUUUUAUAUUUUGCUGGAAUUCGCCCAGAGUGGCUGGGGAAACCUAGCCAGAUGGGUGGAGUGUAAAUAAUAAAAUUAUUAUUAUUAUUAUUAUUAUUAAAUAGCAUUUUAUACUCAAAGCAUAGAGAAUUUUAAAUAUGAACUGGGGGGACCCCUAGUGGUCAUAAUUCAGCCAAGGCAUUAUUUAGUUUUUAUUUAGUACAUUUGUUAACCGCUUCACAAAUCCAAGCAGUGUAAAGGUAAAGGGACCCCUGACCAUUAGGUCCAGUCGUGGCCGACUCUGGGGUUGCGGCGCUCCUCUCGCUUUAUUGGCCGAGAGAGCCGGCGUACAGCUUCCAGGUCAUGUGGCCAGCAUGACUAAGCCACUUCUGGCGAACCAGAGCAGUGCACGGAAACGCCGUUUACCUUCCCACCGGAGCAGUACCUAUUUAUCUACUUGCACUUUGACAUGCUUUCGAACUGCUAGGUUGGCAGGAGCAGGGACCGAGCAACGGGCGCUCACCCUGUCGCGGGGAUUCGAACCGCCGACCUUCUGAUCGACAAGUCCUAGGCUCUGUGGUUUAACCCACAGCGCCACCCGCGUCCCAUGUUGUGUACAAUGGGACAAAUUUAAGAUAAAAUGCAAAUUCAAAAUGCAAAUUCGAAAAACCAUUAAAACCAUUCCUACAAACUCUGAUUAAACAAUAAAGCUACCUCUACCUUUCAUAAAUGACUCCCAGAAAACCUUUAGCAAAAACCUAUUCAGUGGGCACCUACACGUCAUGAUUCUAAGUGCCUGCCUAAUUUCAGCAGGUAACUGAUACCAGAGGGCUGGAGCUGCAGUGCUAAAAACCUAUGUACAUAUAAGCAAAUCAGGACUUUUUGGGCAUUCCCCCCCCCCUCCAGUAGUACUCCUGUCUUUAAAUCUUGGAGGCAUCUGAUUGGCCACUUUGAGAACAAAAUGCUGGAGCAGAUGGGCUAUUGGCCUGAUCCAACAGGCUCUCUUAUAUAAAUACUGAGCAUGGAGGUGUGAAUGGAGAAAGGCUCUUUCUCUUACUGUGCUUUCUGAAUCUUCAGUACUUGCUUCUUAAUUUAGCUGUCUGUUUUUGUAUUUAAUUUUUUCAGGUUACAACAGCAUAUAAGGAAUAUGACUAUGGGAAAGUCAUACGAUUACUGCAAGCCUUCCAUACUAGAGAGCUGUCUAGUUUUUACUUUAGCAUAAUCAAGGACAGGUAUGUAUAACAGUGUACCCUUACUAAUGCGAGUCUCCCUUUUCACUACACCUUGGUUCCCGCUUAAGAAAGCUUGUUUUUAGGAAACCUCAAUGCACACGCAGAGAUGCACAAGCAAUACAUGAAUUUGUUGUUACUAGCUUGCAAAAGUUUCCAUCCUAUGUGCGAGUAGAAUCUUAAACCUGAAAUUUAUUUAAUUUUUGAUUCUGUGUGUGCUUCACCCCCCACACAUCUAAAUAAAACAGUGUGAAAAAAUUCUAGCCAUCAGUACCAAAACCACUGGGUUCAGUGCUAUUUGUGUGUUGAUACACACACACACACACACGUAUUAAUUUGCCAAAUGCGAAAGUAUAUUAGUUGUUUGACAUAUAGAAGGGCAAAUACUUGGACAUUCCCAGUUUAAAAUGGCAUCAUUCCGGCUUUUAAUUUCUACCAGUAUCUAAAAGUUCAAUUCCCGCCCCCCCCCCCCCAUUUCAGACUUUAUUGUGAAGAAGAAAAAGAUCCCAAGCGCCGCUCAUGCCAAACAGCCUUAGCUGCAAUUUUCGACACGGUGGUUCGUUCUUUUGCACCAAUCCUUCCUCAUUUGGCUGAAGAGGUAUUCCAGUACCUUCCGUAUCAGAAAGGUAAGGCAGCUGGAGCUAUCAGGCGCUUCUUCACACAGGGCUCUUGUAUGUUACAGCCUUAGCAGUGUGUUUGAGAAUCCCUGGGAAUUCCUUUAUCUAAACAUUUGAAGAACUGUCUGUGCAUUGGCUGGCACGGUGGAGCGGCCUGCAGGGCCCCCAAGAGUGUUAAACUAAUCAUUUUAGAAAAAGAUGGGAGUCUUUAAAAUCUUGUAAUAUUGAUGACCUGGAGCUAAAAUAUUAAGAGUGCACCAAUAGGUGAAAUUUUAACUGACAGCCUUAGCUUCGCAGGGGUGUUCCAGGGUUGACUGUAUGAACAGCUGCUUUGGGUAUUAACCUUUUUCUUUCUUUCAAAGAGUCAGAUAGCGUGUUUCGUUCUGGCUGGAUGAACACAAGUCCCGUAUGGAAGAAACCCGGCCUUGAAGAAGCAGUGGAGGGAGCAUGUGCAAUGAGAGAUGCUUUCCUGGGUUCGAUCCCUGGCAAAAAUGCUUUGGAAUAUCAGGUGGUACUUGUGAUUGAGCCUGGACUGCUCUUUGAAUUAAUGGAGGUAAGCAGGAAAAUCAAUACCAUUUGUUCAAACUUCAAUUAGUACAGAGCUUGGCUUCCAGAGUUCUGACAAGUGCACUCAUUUUUGCAGCAAUUUUAAAGGAAUUUCAUUGACUUCAGGGCCUUAAGCAAGGUGCUGGUGUUUACUAGCACUGUGUUUUCAACUUUGUGAUAUAUCACCAGCUAAUCAUCCCAAUAUACAGAUAUACAGAUAUAUCGCAGUGUCUGAAAUAAAGAAGGAGCCGUGUAGACGCAUUGGCUGGCUUCAUGGUUUUCCCCACAUUGUGAUUUUUGCAUAGCGCACACAAUAUAUUGCUAGGUCAAAAAUUAUGAAACCGGUAUCAUGAUAUGGACUUCAAACUGGUUUUGGAUGAUAUAUCACACAGCCCUAGUGUUUACCUUUAAAGCCCUAUGCAGCUUGGGACCAAAAUACCAGAGGAGCACUUCUUCCUAUGCCAGCCUAACCAUGUCUUGAAGCUUUUCUGCUAACUGUUCUCUUGUGGCCUUGUCUAUCAGACAUAAAUCCUUCAGCCACAAAGGAAGAAGCCUUUUGAAUGAUUUUCCUAAAGAGGCUUGCCUGUUGCAGUCUUUUCCACUCCUGGCUGAAACAUCCAUUUUUGGUUUUUUUUACACAGGCAUCUUAAAUUAGCUUUACUCUGAAUAAUGGUUCUCAUAUACUCAUUGUAUAAAUUUGUACACACUUCUGAAAUUCAGAGUAGCUGAAGUUGGUAUGUAAAAAGAUUAAAAUAAACAGCUGGGGCAGGGGAAAAUAGUGCUAUUCUCCAGCACUCUGUUAGAUUCUGGAUCACAACUAGGAUUGUCCACAGUAUUGCUUGAUACUUCUGCUGUCUUUUUGUAAAGAUAUCUAUCCAUAUUCUGCAAAUUAAAAAAGAUAUUUUGAUACUGUACUGCACUGAAAUAUUUAAAUGUUUCUUUGAUUAUCCUUGAAUCUUUUUGCCACACUUGACAUCCUCUCCUGCCACACUGUUUGAGAACCACUGUUGCAAAGGGAUCAGUAGGGCUGGUAGGCUUUAUGGCUGGACCUGCUUAACUUCAGCCGCAGCCUUCUCUAAAUGCAAUCAUUCACAUCCAGGUGCUGCAACAUGAGGAGUGUUCCAGUACAUCCCAGCUAAACGAAAUAAUGAUGGCAUCACAAACGACGCUGCUUAGUGAAGUCCCGAGAGACAUAAGCACAGAUGAUAUGAUUAAAGGGACAUUUCUGAUCAACUUAGAAGGUAAGUGCAGAAGGAAAUAACUUCCAGCUUGGCAUCUGUUUGGACUAGUUGUACCUUCCCUUGUUUCUUGGGGUGGGUGAGCAAGAGACAGAGAGGUCUACCUAAACGUUGAGUCUGUUUCUUUCAAUAGGUGGUGAUAUCCGGGAAGAAUCUGCCUAUAAAGUCAUAGUCCUACCGGCUGCCAAAUCAAAAUGCCUGCGCUGUCGAAAAUACACUGCGGAUUCAGCAGACACGCUCUGUGCACGAUGCAGGGAAACACUUGGUGGGAAAUAGCAACCACGUCUCCAUGUUCUCUCAAAAGCAACCUGAUAUUUUGCUGACUUAUUUCUAAGAAAUGUGUGUCAUGAGAAAACACACACUACUACUGAGGGGAGAGAUGUCGGAAUGUUUAUUUGAAAACUGGUUUGGUGUAUAUACGUAAGCUUGUACAUUAAUAAACUGCUUGUGAGAGAUGCCA